AGUUGAUGACCGCUCUUCAUCGACAGCCAGUCUCGGAGACUCGGAGAAUUGAGAAUCGCAAUGUCGAGAUUGUAAUACUCGAGUGGGAUGCUGGGUAAAGUUUUGUCCGUACGGCGCCGCAGAGUACCGAUCCAGUAGCCGAUGCGGGAGAGUUGCAGCCGACCACCUGCCGCAUCGCAUGGCCGAAGCUACAAGACUCCACCAACCCCUCCGAGAACAUGUCUUGACAAAAAAUCAUUGUAGAAUCACAGUAGAUAGCAUCUUCUUCCUGGACAAGCACACAAUCUCACAGUCACUUCUCGAGCUCUCGCUUCGCACAUUGCUUCAAAGUUUACCAACAAGUCUCUCACAUCAAUCUACCAUCGUCAUGGGUUCCAUCCUCAUCAUCAACGGACCAAACCUCAACCUCCUGGGUACCCGCGAACCCGCAAUCUACGGCAGUGAAACCCUCAAAGACGUCGAAAACAACGCCGUCGCACUUGCGGAGUCUCACGGCCUGACCCUCCAAACCUUCCAAUCCAACCACGAAGGCGCUAUCAUCGACCGCAUCCACGCCGCCGCCGGCUUCGGCCCCCAAGGCGAUGGCAAAAAGCACAUUGACUGGAUCAUCAUCAACCCUGGUGCUCUAACACAUACGUCUGUGGGAUUGAGAGAUGCUUUGGUCGGUGUGAGUAUUCCGUUUGUAGAGUGUCAUAUUAGUAAUGUGCAUGCGAGGGAGGAGUUCAGACAUAAGAGUUUCUUGUCUGAUAAGGCUGUUGCUGUUAUUGCUGGAUUGGGCACUUUUGGGUAUGAGGCUGCUGUCAACUUUGUGGCGAAGAAGAUCAAGGCUGGGAAGUAAUGCGAGAGGGGUAUCUCUGGUGAGGUGGAUUGAGUCAGAUGUCGUUGAAAGGAGCUGACAGACAUCUAGUGUAUCUUUGCAAGAGAAGACUUUGCUAGACAUUCAUCUUCUAUGAUUCUUCGAAAAUUGACAGUUUCCGCUUAUCAUCGAUA